AAGAAGAAUUCAAGAAGGAAAGAGAUGGUAGAGAGGAAACUGUACAAGACAAAGCUAUGUAUGUUGUUCCAGAGGGGCCGCUGCUCUCGCCAGUUCUGUAACUUUGCCCAUGGCGACGCCGAGCUCCGCCGCUCUUUCAAUGGUAUAUGUAUCGUACAUAUGCUAUUCUUAUUCGGAGAAACUCAGCUCGAAUAGCUUUAUUUUACCGCAGCUUCCAGUUUCAGUUAAUUGUUUUCUGUCGCAAAUGAAUGUGGUGUUUUGCAUAGAAUUUGUUAUAUGCUUGUGUUUUAUACUGUUUUUAGCUGAUUUGAGUGAGUAUUGGUAUAUCUUUUUGUUUUUGUUUGUGGGGGUAAAGGAUUAAAUCUUUGAGACGAUGUGUGUAUUCUAUAAUCCUUGUAUUACUCCCUGUCUGGAUCAUUUGUCAUCUCAGUGUGAAUUAAAAAUCUUUGUCCAAGAUAUUGCUUGUCCACACUUUAUGAAUCAUUACCAACGUACUAACUCAGUACCUCUUAGCAGAAUGGAUUAUGCUGGUUGGUUUAUCAGUCUUAAUUGCUGAUUUUGGUGUGUUUAUCAGUCCACACUGUUCAUUUUUGAAUCUGCUGUUUUAUGUGAGGGGUCAGAGAUGCCUUUGGAAUGUCUGCAGUUUGUACAGAAUGUGGUGAUAUCUUGAUCUGACUUCUAUAUAUGAAUGUCAAGCGCCAUCCCAAUGCUGGAUCAAUAUCCCACUAUAUUCUGCACUAUAUAUAUAUUCUUGGAGAGAAUGGUAUUUUCUUCACAUGGUUUAGCGUUGAAAGAUACUGUGAAGGGAUCUGCUGGAUUUCUUGGUUGGUGACUAUAGAGAUGAUAUAUAUGUAUUGCACGUGGAACAAUAUAGUUAUUAAUUCCAUACAGGCAUGUGAAGAAUCAGCACCAUUGAUUUAUAUUUUUAUCACAGCGGGGCAGAGGGUUUCUAUAUUUUGAGUUGCUUCAAUGAUCCUUGAGUAUCAUUCUAUAAAGCUCCCAGUAUAUCUUAUCUAUCUUUACACGAAGAGCCUUUAUUUCUAUGGCUCAUAUGGAAUCUGCAAGAAGGCACUAAAACUUAUUAUUAUUAUGUUACUCAUUUGUACUAGUAAUGGUAAGCUUAGCCUAAUACUAUCAGUUACUGGCUUGGGCACCCUGGUUGGGUCGGUUGUGAGAUUACAACUGAUCAAUAUAUGUUUUAUGACAUUUCUCCAUCUUGCAGGAAAUCAGGAGUUUCGAGGUGGUGGUGACUUGAGAGAAAGGCUCGACAGGAUCCGUUCUCCAUUGCGCAACUCACCAGAUAGACGAGAUGCCAGAGCAAGACACACCUCUCAUGGAGAUAGUCCUCGCUCUCUUGGGAAAGGGAUUGACAGAAAUGUGCGGAAAAGAAGGCGAUUUGAUGGUCAUAGUGAUUACUCGGGCAGAAUGUCGGAUGGGACUGAAGAUCAAAUCAAAGAUAGAAGACCGGCAUCCUCUGAAGCCAAAAUGCAAAUUGAUGAGCAGCUGAGAGAAAUACACUCUGAAAUUAAGCUGCUGGAGGACGACAAGCAACAGCUACAGAUGUACCUAGAGGAAAAGGUUAACGAAGCCGAUUCUUUGACUUUCAAAAUUCAUGAUCUUGAGAUGCAACUUUCUAAAGAGAAAGAAGAGGGUAAAAGGUUCUCUACAAAAAUAAAGAAGUUUAUUAAAGCACAUAACCGGCACUCGCGGUUACAAGAAGAACUGAAGAGAUCACAGGCCCAGUUUCAGAAGUUGGGUGAGCAGCUUGAUUCGGACGUUGGGGUAGGCAAUGAGGAUGAUACAAAAACCAAAGCCUCGAAUGAUGAUGUAAAGGGCGGUUUUACUAGCCCACUGAAUGAGGGUCAACUAAAUUCUUCCCCGCUCAGGAAGAGGUCUCGCUUUUCCCUUGAAGCUCAGGAGGCAUCACCUCAAGUUGGGGGAAGAGCUGAUAUGGGUAAAAGUAAGGUAGAAAAACCUCAUCGAUCAUCCAGGAACCAAGAGAAUUUUAGCAAUACCAAGAAAUCUGAAGCAGAUGCAGAUACAUAUAAUAGUCGUUGGCGAUCAACAUAUGAAGAAAAGUCCAGGAAAGGCUCAAACCUGCCUGCUGAUACUGACUCUACUGACAAGUACAAGGUAACAGAGACUGGCAUUAUACUGCCCUCAACUGGUAUAGCUGCUAAUGCAAUUGAUGAAGACGUCGAGGUUGCUGAAACAGAUGAGAGGUAUCAGGUUCCCUCGAACGGUCCUAAUGGGUCAGAAGAUAGAUUCAAGACCUCCAGGUUACCAUUUCUGCCGCUCCCACCUCCUAUCCCUCAGAAUGCAUAUAUGCAGUACGAAGGUGACGAUGAGAAUGUGGAUGUUGAUGAAGCAGAUGAGGAGACUGUCGAAGUCGAUAUUGUUUGAUGUAUCUCCUUUCUAUGCGUAAAACCGAAUUUUGUAAGAUCUGGGGCUGUCACAUUUGCAAAUUGUUGUACAGAAAUUAGGUCUGGUUGUUUUUAUUUAUCAUUUCCCAUUUUACCUA